GCGUGAAAUCUUUGAGCAGACCGACAAUCAGCAACUGAUGGCACAACUGCCCCUCGGUGACGACUGUGAGCUGCAUCGAUGUGUACCGCUGGAAUGUCUCAACGUGAAGCUGUUGCUCUAUUGGCAGUGCCUCGGCGACUAUCUGGAGAGCACGCAGGCGGACGAAAGCGACCAGGUGCUGCCCGAACUGAGUGUCUUCUGCACCUAUGUGAACAAGUUCUGUGAGAGCCAGAAACCGGACAUGGACAAGUUCGCCCAGAUAGAGUUCCAGAACAUGCUGCUCUCGCUGGUGGAAAUCCUGGACUCGUACGACCUGGGCGACGAGAUUGGGCGUAGCAAUAUGAAGACGUUGAUCAAAAAUCUAUUGAAGGACUGUCUGCUCGACCACAAGAUCGUCCGCGUGCUCGUGCGUUGCAUGGAGAAGCUGAUCACCGACCUCAAUGACCGGAUGAAGUUCUUUAUUGAGAUCAUCUACGAGACGUGUGACCUUAAUACCAAGCAGAAUGAGCUAGUGCACGAUCGCAAUCUGAUCAGUACGUUGCUGGACGACUUGGACACGCCCUCGAAGAUGAAGAUAUCCUCGUUGAAGGUGAAGAUCGGGGGGAGCUGGAGCCGUUACUGGGGAUAUAAGGAAGAGAAUAGGAUUAGUUAUAUGUAUUAGUAAGGGAAAAGG